AUGGCUGUCCUGACGGUGGACCCUCCCACCUUUUUGGCUCUUGAUCAGGCUCUGAACGAUCAUGACUUCCAGAAAAGUCGGACGCUCUACAACGGCCUUAAGAGUGACGAGGACCAGCCUCCUGUUGAAGAUCAGCACAUCCAGGACCUUGCAGCACUAUUCGUCCGCCACCGUGCCGAGAAGAUCUUCGGGAUUCACCUCAUCUAUGGGCACUUUCAAAUCCUGGAAGGCACUGUCAUGGACGGGCUUCUACUUGACCUUAGCAAUGUCGGGCACGGAUUUUUUGCGGAGUUCUCUUGCUACAUCACGUCCAAUAAUCUUGCUGGGCUAAUUGGUCUUCAAGUCCUCGGAGGUGGGCCCUGCCGCCAUGUCAGCAUGUUUGAGCUCGUCCUCGACCAAGGGACCAUCAUGCUAGGCAAUUCCAUCGUAAAGGGUUGCCGGCCGACUCGCGUUACUGGCUGGACGUUCGAGUCGUCUGAUGGAAAGCCCCGCGUUUGCCAGAGCAACGAAACACAUGCGGAGAUGUCGAGUGGAAACCAUAAAGUGUUCAAUUCAGGCAAACCUCUCCCCAAGUUGGAGAAUGUGGACGACAUUAAAGCUGUCCUUGUCGAGGCUGGUGUCAUGUAG